CUGUGUGUAAAGGCAGAGCAGAGCUGGUGACUCUCCCUCCCUUCACUCCCUAUUGGCUCAGCUCUGCUCCCAGCAGGUUUCAGAAGUAUGGUGGUAGUUAGCUGGGGGCGAGAUGUUUCUCCUCGGCGGACUCUGCAGAAGCAGCUGGGCUCUGCGUGGAGGUCUGAAAGCUCCGGUUUUAAUGUCAGUUCGGACCUGCAGCGGGGGCUCCUCGCUCGGGGAGGGGGAAGCAGUCCUGACCCGCUCACACCACAAUUCACCCGGGAGUGAGGAGCAGGAGGAGGAGCGGAGUGUGGGAAAGACUGCUGGACCCUCUGAGUUCCUGCUGACCGAGCAGGAGCGGCUCAUUCACCGGCUGCACCACGAGGCGAGCAGGGCUGGGAAAAGGACAUAUAUUGACCCUUUAUCGGGCUACAAGGUGUUCACUGAGUUCGCCCACCAGCAGAGAGGAAGGUGCUGUGGAAGCGCCUGCAGACAUUGUCCAUAUGGCCAAACGAAUGUGGAGGAUUCUUCUAAGAAAAAAACCUUCAACUCUUUCUUUUAUGUAUAGAAGUGCAGAUAACCACUUUCCCCAGCAAGUCUUUUUGUGUGUGCUUAUACUGAUUUUGUAUUGAAUGUGCAUUCUCCUUACUCUCCUUUUGAAAUGAUGAAAUCCUGCACGCCAGAUGUGCAACCCACACUUCUUGAACUAGUACGAUGAAUCACAUCUCUCUCCACUGUGAUUUGAGUCACCGGGGAUUGGCCUGCUCCUCAAUCCUAUGAAUUCAGUAGGUGUGAAUUUUGCUGCUGCACUAAAUAUUCACAUUGUCAGAUGUUCGUUCUGACAGCUCUCAAUCAAUGAACAGCAUGGUAUGAAAAAGAGAGCUGAAAUGUGAAGGUCAGGGAACAUUCAUCUACACCACCUUCUCGUGAAAUAAUUUUUAACAAUAUGUGUGGAACAGAAAAGACGCAGAUACGUGAUGAAUGUGUACUCGGGAAGAAAUAUUUCUUAUUUAUUUAUACAUCUCUAUGUAAAGUUUCUGACCUUGUCAUUCAUUAGAUUUGAUUUUCUUGUCAUUCUACAUUACCAGUUGUUUCUUUUCAAGACAACAAAUUGAUUAAUGUGUUAAAUUAUUUCAUUAGAUGCUAAGGAAAUGUUCUGGUCUGUUCUUAUGAAACUUGCGAAGUAACUAAAAAGCAGAUGGUUUAAUCACAAAGCAAUAAUGGAUGAUGAUAGAUCUUACAGUAGGUAUUAAACAGAUGUAAUGUUAUCAGUGUGGCUGUAACUGCACAGCGUUAAUCAAGACAAGCAGUUUCUCAUUCAGGCUGUAGGCCUACUCUUACAUGAGCUGAUGGGUUCAUACAGUUAACAAACGUGCCACACACAUCAACAUAUUCAUUUCCAUUUGCGUACAUGGCAUUGACUCCUGGCAUUCGUGUACUUCUUCACAUCUCCCUGAGGCUUAUUACUUGGGCUGCUACCAAGGGUAGUCACUGUCAUUUUCAUCUCAACGAGAUGCAGUUCCAGCGCAUACAGAUGUGUAUUUACAUAAAGUGUAAGGAAAAAAUAUGUUUUUUUAAUAUCUUUUUUUUUUAUAAAACUGCACAAUAAACCAUAUUUACUAUUUAUGAUGUGCAAUUACUAUGAAUCUGAAUGUAAAGUGUAGGUGUUAAAUAUAUGUGGUUGAGUACGUUUCUGACCUCAGUACAUCAUCUAGUCUCAAAUUUCAUCAAGAUUGUACUUUACUGAUUGUACUGCAAUGCGUUUUGUUGCAAUUCAUAAUUAUUUGUAAAAACAAGAAAAAAUGCACAAAACACAAAAGGUGCAUUCUGCAUUAUUAAAACAUUAUUGUAACGUUGAAAUGUAUGCUAACAUUCCCGAAGCAAUGCGUUCCAAUGUUGCAUGAUAAUCUAUACACACAUUUACCAAAUAUUUGACUCCUUGGCUUUAUUUUGACAGCUUGAUGUCAGUUUAGGAAUUUAUGCGUCCGGCCUGUCUCUACACGUCAGUCAUCCCCAGCUAUGUAAACGUAAGUAGCCCAACGCCCUUGGGCACUAAACCCCCCAACCUGUCACACACUGGGGAGGGCAGUAGGGCAAGGCCGUGUUUGGCAACCCGAGCAAACGGCGUCUGAACGUGGGAAUGUGUCUUCACCAGAGCAUAGUCCCAGCCUCACCCUCUGGCUCACACGGGCCGCAGUCUCAUGCGGCAGGUGGGUCCCAAGGCAAGCGCUCGGUGAUGGGGAGCAAAGGCCUGCGAGCGUCGACAAGGAGAUUCAUGAUCUCAACAGAGCUGGGGCAGACAGGUUGGCGAGGGCUUGGCGCCGUCGUCACUCCGCAUGAGAAGCAAAUUUAUUUGGGCGAAUUGUGAGGAGAGGCAGCGGAGCGUGCGGCAAUGACGUUUCCAGCGGAAUGGCGAAGGUGUCACACUCAUCAAGUACCUGGGCCUGCCUGCUACGGGUCUGCUCAUUUUGCCUAGGGACUUGUCUGUCACAUUAAAGUAGAUGCGUUGCCAUUCAGGACCCUCCCCAGUCCCAGUGCCUGACCAUGAAAUAGGCCAACUUUCAUGUCUGCCUCACUCUUCGGCAUCCUCAGACUUCAGAGAUCGCCUAGUCUUGUCGCUCUCUCUCCUCACUCCGUUUCUGAGCAGUUGGCGAAUGAGACGCAAACGCUGCACAGCUCCCGCUCCCUCUGCAGACAGAUUUCAGGAGGGCUUGCUGGAGCAAAAGGACUCAGUAGACAAGCACUCGCUAGUCUUGUCAUGUGCUGGGACCCAGUGUUGAAUUCAUAACCACCGAACAAGCAAACAUGAAUUUCAGCACUUGGCAGAAAGAGACGGAUGAAUCUGAAAUCUAAUAGGAAUACUGUAUAUACUGGAAAUGGGAGCAACUGACUAUGCAUGAACUGACUAUCAGGUUCAUGAGAAAUCCACAAGGUCCUUCAGCAUCCAGCUGUUAUCUGAACCUACAUUAUUAUUUUAGGAAGAGUGGGCCUUGUUCACCAAACAGAGAGAACAUUUCAUCUUGCAACCCACUUAAAUAUUUUACACAAGAAGAUUGUGACAUUCACCAGUGUUUUUUUAAUAAAUAUAUUUUU